AUGGUCCUCCGCCAUGUCUAUAAUCUUGGACAUGGCAACAGCAGCACCUGUCUCCCUCUCCGACGUGUGGCAAGGAUACCAUCGACUCAACAUUUAGCCCGGCUCGCAAGCAGCAGUGUCUACGUCAGCACAAGACGCCCUGCCUCCCGUAGUUCGACCAUCUGUGCCGGAAGAAUUCCGUCUUUACAGGAACGGGCUACACGAUGGUACACGCAUUCUUCCGCAUCCCGCCAUGAGCAGAACAAGCCAGCUCCGUCACACGACGAACUGCACAACCAGCACGACCAACCCGAUCCCUCUUCCAACCCCGACACCGUCCAAUCCGAAAACGAACCACCACCCCAACCAACCUCCAGCUUCAACCCUCCAUCCUCGUCCAGCGCAGCAGCCCGUGACCCAUCCUCCGCACACCACGACCUCCCCUCAUUCCUCGCCUACGUCGCGCGCACCGGCCUCUCGCCAACGAGCACCGUCUACACCGGUACGCUCUACGAAUACUCAACCUCCACCACGCUACGCAGCUACGGCUUCGACCUGCACCGCGUCGGCGGCCGUGGUGACCGCGGCGUCGACCUCAUAGGCCUCUGGCACAUUCCGCGCCUGCUGUCACACACCACUGGCGAAUGGAAAGAAUACACCAAUCCAUCUACCGGCGAGACCGAGGUCGAAACAGACACCUUCCGCGUCCUGGUACAGUGUAAGCGGCUCGUCGGCAAACAUGCAAAGAUCGGACCGAACCUGGUGCGCGAGCUAGAUGGCGCCGUAAGAGGAGCGAGACUGGGUGCAUUGUUCGACAGGGUCUUUGCACAAACACAAACUGAAACCUCCGGGGCGGCGGUGGACAGUGAAGAGAUGGAAAGGACAAAAGCGAUGACUGGACCGACGAUCGGUGUUCUCGUGGGCACACGACCGGCGACGAAGGGCGUCAUCGAGGGAAUGAGGCGGUCGGCCAGGGCCCUGGUCUGGAUAAUGAUGGAAGAAGUGCCAUCUGCGCCCAACCGAGGCCAUUCAUGUGACGAGGAUGCGGACAACGAGGUCGUUACAAAAGAAGGAACGCCUUCUCCCGAAUCCUGUUUGGGCAACACGACGCCCCCGGCUUCAGAAUCAGCCAUCGAGUCAGACUCCACCACAGAAGCAGAUCCGGCCGCUUCACAUGAUGCUUCUCCGUCCCAGGCGAUCCCCAAUUCUGAGCCGCAUGGCCGCAUCAAGCAGAUCCUCUGGAACCAAGCGGCACGCAAUCUGGGCCUCGAAGACGUCAAUGUCGUCUCGCGCUACGACGCUUCAGGGCGAGAGGAGGUGGUGCUCAUGCGUGGCGGACGAGUCUGGGGAGGGUCAUGA